AUGUUUCUUUGCCGAAAGUGGAACGAAAUCGAUAAUAUGUUUGGUAAACUGUCGGAGGUUCUGCAGACGGCGGCCGAUGUGCUCGCACCACCCCCGACGGCACUGCAAGACUUCGACUACCACUACCGAUUGGUAAAGAACUUCUACGUCGCGGACAGAACCCUUCCAAAGAUCCACAUCAACGACACGAACAUUCCGGUGCAUCUCGACCAGAUGCUGUCGAUCCUGAUACGCGAAGAGCAGCAGCAGCAGGAAGUACACACCAAAGCGAGCACCGGUCCCGGCGAUGAGUCCACCUCUACCGACAGUCCCCCCCCGACUACAUCCCAGUCCCACACGGAGCCGACAAAAUGUGCCGAGUGUAUGGAGUUUGUGCUGAGUAACCGGCCACUGGACGUGCUGGUAGAGUUUGCCGUAAACGACACGCCACCCGGUGCCCGCUACAUCGUGCUGAACUGGAUCCGCCGUUUCCUUUCCUGUCUAAAGUGUCCUCCGUUGGGCCACGCAAGUGUCUUUCAACCGGUCCAGCGGCUGGUGGAGCUCUGCAGUGGCACCAUUGCAUCGCCCUACGAGCGGGAAGAAAUACUGUUCCUCGAAACGGUUGCAGGUCUAGUGCGGACGGAUUCCAUUCUCGUGAACCUGUUCCUUAAGUCGCAUCAUCACUCCGCUCAGAUGCUAUCCAACUGGAAGGGUCUGGGUGCAAAACAGGCGCCCGUGAACAAUCCGUUGUUCGUUAGCACGAAAGUGGAGUACGAUACGCGACGAAUCUCGCUGGUCCGGGAAGACAGUGCUGACCAGGAGGAACCACAGAAUGGCGACAAGCAGUCGGCUGCCGGAAGUGAUAAGGGCGAAGUUGAGAGCUGUGAUUGUGACGAUGAGGACCAGUUUAUCCUUUUCGACGCCAUUGUUAGUUACCUUGAUAGCGCGGACAGCACGAUCGUCGUGAGAGCCUGCGAGGGAGUGCUCAUACUUUCGUCUUUGCCAACGCUUCGCAAAUCUUGCAAAGCCAUCCGCAACAGUAUCAGCCGAUUUUGCACCAUGAUGGCCGCCCGACUUGCAGCCAACUGUCAGCAAAUUCCGGAAGACAUGGACACGGGUGACAUCGAGGACGCAAACGUCACGUGGGGACUGUUUCCUCGCGAUCCCGAGCAACCGCACUACAUCGGACGCUACCAGCUGACAUCGUUCCUGUGCUGGCUGGACUAUUGUGAUUGCCUAAUGAAGGAAAGUGCGCUGAUUGUACCAGUGCUGGGACCGCGGAUACGGGACGAAAUGUUGAUUAACUACGUGGAGGCUACACUUAUAGGAUGUUUCGCUCCAUUUGCCCUCGUGCUGACGGCCAAGAUUGUGAAGAAAACGCAAUCGAAAGCCCUUCUGGAUGAAAUUGCCCACUGGCUCGUCGGAGAGGACGAGCUGCCGGAUGUGAACAAUUGUUUGCUGACGAUACUGAUCGAGAAUGCGCACGAGAACAGCGACAUCCUUCUACCAACGCUACAAUUCGUCGAGUCGCUGUUGGAUAACCCGCACGAGAAGAUCUUGCACGGCAUGCUGUUCUUCUACAUCAACAACCGAGGCUACUACGAUGGUAACGCACAAACCAUCCAAUCGUGGUCCGACGAGGAGGAUAACCGGGAGCGAAGACGCGGCAGUGCCGACGAUCCGAUCAAGUCACGCACAUUGGCACCGAGCAACAUUCUGAGGGUUAUCAAUCACUUUCUGCUUCUGCUUCCGCGGCAAAUCAUCAACGAUGCGGGAGGUAUCUGUUACGAAGAAUACAUGCAGGACGCUAACCGCCACUAUCAGACGUGGAUAAAGAAAACGCGCGGUUUCAGCUGGCCCGUCGAAGCGGUUUGGCUAGACAGUGGCGAACCGUCGCCUUUGGCGGCUCACAGUGAGCCAUGUCCCAGCGGUAGCGGGUUGAUGACGGUCAUUCCAUUGCCGCCCGUGAAGUUGGCCAAAAAACCGCGGCCCAAAUGUACGGACGACGGUCGUGGCGGGGAUAUGCACACGUGCGGCGACAGUGGCAUCUCGGAGGAGAGCUUCUACGAGGGGCCACUUCUAAAGCUGCUGUUCUCUCACGUCAAACAGAUGAACACCCAGGCGUACGAGCUGAAUCUGGCCGUGAUUGCCAUCCUGUCCAAGCUGGCCCUCUUUCCGCACCCGUAUUUGCACGAAAUUUUGCUCAACCCAGAAAUCCCGGUCGCGACCGGUGCCACCACGCUCUGGUCCGUGAUGCAGUUCCUUGCGCGUCAGUUGUUGACGGAGAUCCCGCGGGUGGAAAACUUCCACGAGAAGAUCAAGGACACGGGGCGACGGUUGCUGUCGAACCCUCCGUUGUACCACAAGGACUGCGAGCCGGUUGAGGGAGCGACCGAAAAUGGCCACGAGGAGGACGACGCGGAAAUCAACGAUCCGCUGUUCGAGUCGAUUGUUGUGUUGGAGGAGUUUUGCAAGGAGCUGGCGGCGAUUGCCUUCGUUAAGUACCAUCACGCCAAGGAGGAGUAAGGCGCGGCACCGAGCCACCGCAGCUGUGUCGCAAGGUUCCAAACGACGAUUGGAUGCGCUUAUUAUUGUAGGCUAAAUGGUUUGCCAAUUUAUUUUAUUGUUUUUAAAACGAAACGGAAUCGUACACACACACACACGCGGAGAAGGCCCAACCGUGGUCGUCCCCGGGGCUUAAACAAUUAAACGUAAACCACGUUACUUCCUAGGGUUAUUCAUUAGUUCUUAAGUAGUGCAAUGCCGCAAUGUUUGUUCGAUCGCGGGGAUUACGAAUUACUCACGGUCGGUAAAGAAACU